GGGAGCGCAGGCUUCGAGCUCCGGGGCGGUGGACCUGAGUGUUGGGGUUGCAUUCCGUGGAGGGCCGUCCUGACUUGCAAAGUUUUGGUGUCCUUAAGCUGGAGGUGCUUUUUAUUUUUACAGAUUGUUUCUAGCCCAUUGGCCUCCGACGUCAUCAAAGAACGAGCUUAUUUAAUGACAAGUGCCAUAGACUGAAAAAUCGAACAUGAGGGUAGCAGGAGCUGCAAAAUUGGUGGUAGCUGUGGCAGUAUUUUUACUGACAUUUUAUGUUAUUUCUCAAGUAUUUGAAAUAAAAAUGGAUGCAAGUUUAGGGAAUCUGUUUGCAAGAUCAGCAUUGGACACAGCUACACGUUCUACAAAACCUCCCAGAUAUAAAUGUGGAAUCUCAAAAGCUUGUCCUGAGAAGCAUUUUGCUUUUAAAAUGGCAAGUGGAGCAGCCAAUGUGGUGGGACCCAAAAUCUGUCUGGAAGACAAUGUGUUGAUGAGCGGUGUUAAAAAUAAUGUUGGAAGAGGGAUCAAUGUUGCCUUGGCUAAUGGCAAAACGGGAGAAGUAUUAGACACUAAAUAUUUUGACAUGUGGGGAGGAGAUGUGGCACCUUUUAUUGAGUUUUUGAAGAACAUACAGGAUGGAACAAUAGUCUUAAUGGGAACGUAUGAUGAUGGGGCAACCAAACUGAACGAUGAAGCACGGAGGCUUAUUGCUGAAUUGGGGAGCACGUCUAUUACUAACCUUGGUUUUAGAGACAACUGGGUCUUCUGUGGCGGGAAGGGCAUUAAGACAAAAAGCCCUUUUGAACAGCACAUAAAGAACAAUAAGGACACAAACAAAUAUGAAGGAUGGCCUGAAGUUGUAGAAAUGGAAGGAUGCAUCCCCCAGAAGCUAGACUGAAGACUGAAGGAAGCACACUUUCACUGUUAAUGGGAGAGCUAUAAAGAAGCAGCUACAUGUAAAUAUUUUAAUAGCAUGCAGCCAUCUCGGUGUGUGCAUGAACAUUCUCUUUUGAUAUCAGGAUUAUUUAUUGCUAACGUAAAUAGCUAUCUUUGUAAAUAGUCCUCACUGUGAGCAAAUCACUGAACCCUUUUUAAGAACAUUUGCCUAAGAGUACAGUGUUUAGACUGCAAUGGGAACCUACUAUAAUACUAAAAGUGUACUGAGUGGGUAACUAAAGAGAUUGUGAAAAUAUUGAUAUAUAUAUAUGGUUGUUGUGAAAAUGUAUCAUGACUUUCAGGAACGAGAUUUUGCUUAUAUAGAGUGACAUAUAUCUGGCCUUGUGAUUACAGUAUCUUUUAAAUUAAAGAGAGAUUUGACUAGCUGUAUGUGUAAUAUUACCUUACACUCUUGAUUCUCCUUAUGUACCUCUUUUCUUAGUGUUUAUUUUUCCUUUCCAAAAAAACAAGAAAUAAAAUAUUUGAUACACAAGUCUCAGAUUUGUAAAAAGCACAACAAAUUCAUUUUUUAAUGCACACAGUGAAAAGUAUAUAAAUGCAGGUGACAUUCACAACAAUUCUCUGGAUUUUGUGUUAGCAGUGUGAAUAUAGAGUGAAACGAGAUGGUAACUUCACACAACUGUAGAACCAGGCCAGGCCCCUCCUCAACCUAAGUAGGUCGUGCAGGCCAGCCAAGGCAAUAUACUUAAAGCAAUACAAGCAUAUGUUUUCCCUUAUUUCUUAUCAGCAUUGACCAGUUGGCCAAGUGAUUGGAAACAAGGCAUGUCUUAGUAUAAUAAUUAUAAUUUGGAAACCAAGAAAUUCCGUGUGUACUUCAUCUGACCUCAUAAUGGUAAUAACUGCCCAAAGCUAUAAUGGCAUACCAUACUUAUAAAAGUCCUAAUUACUGAGUAAACCGAUGAUACUUUAAAAAUAAUUUUUAUUUGACCCAAAAUGAUUUUAUUCCCAAUUCUACAUAAAAAUAUAGAUAGCCCUUUCCCUUAGUUUCAGAUGAUCAAUUUUAAUGGUUUUAGGGCAUUUAAUGUUGCGUAUGCACUACCUUACACUGGAGCAUAAACGUGUUUGAUAAUAAAUUUGUCUUUCACAGUGUAAAGCAGUACUUAAAUGUGAAUCUAAAUAAUUUUAGAUGACUUGUAUAAAUCUCAAAGCAGUAUUUGUUAUUUUCCUGUAAAUUGGAAGUUACUUGGAUGUUUCUUAAAUAUUAAUAAAUUUUUGAGUACUGUUUCUUUCCUCAAACUGAAUGUAAUUCAGAAGUCAGUGCACCUUUUUGUUUAAGCAAUUUUUAUAAACUUUUUAGAUUUUUGGUGCUUAUAUACUAAAUAGCAUGCAACAUGUAUAUUUUGACAUUUAAAAUACUUCCCUAAAUUCUGUAAAUUAAAAGAACAGCUAUUUCACAGUUCCAGGGAUUGUAAAAUAAAUGUUGCCGUUUUUUUUAAUAAUGAAAAUAAACAUUGGUUUUUUACAUUGUCAAUUUUUUCUGUAUUUGGCAAAGUAAUAAUAACUGAAACGACAUUAAAGGAUUCGUCAAACAUUUAUGGUACUGCUUAACAUGCAAAACAUUAAGGCAUUGUUGUAAACAUAGUAAUAUCCUCUAGAUAUAUCUUAACAUGUAUAGAAUUUAAGAGUGUAAAUGGCAGGACAUAUCUUUGAUUUUUAAGAUUGUAAAAAGGUGUUAUUCAGCUAUAGAACAUGUCAAAAGAUAAAGAUUGGUUAUAUAACUCCUUUGGUACAGUCUGUUUUUGUCUAAAUUCUGUGUUGUAUAGCUUGUGUCAACUUAGCAAUAAUUUUACAUUUAAUUUUCAGAUCUCUAUAAACAGCAUUAUAAAUGAAAUACUGCUCAUUUGAUGUUGAAAUUUCUCUUUAUUAAAGCCAAAACUUUAACAUCAACAUUUUAGUAGUUUAACUGGUGUUUAAGGGCUUGUACAUAUUUGAUACAUAUUUGAAAUCACAGAUGCAUAUGUAGAAUAAGUGUACUACUACAAAAGUGUUAAAUAGUAAAAGGAACUAUAAAGUAAAUGAUAUUUGGGAAAAAUUAAGUUAGUCUUCAUAUUCCUAUUAAAGUGAAAUUAACCAUUGCUUCUUCUGUAUUUGUUUUUAAGUGAAUCAGUUACUAUUUUAUAAUUUUGAUAAAUGAAAGCUUAAUUCAUUUAUUGUGUAUUUUACUUUAUGCUUUAAAAGUUUAUAUAAGUUGUAAAUAAUUUGGCCCCCAAAUUAUAUAAUUUCAUUGUUUGGUUCAUUACUGUGCCCCUUUUAAAUGAAAGAAAUGUGCUGUUUAGUGAAGCUGUUAAAGUGAAAAUGGUUUUAGAAUAAGAAAGGGAAAAGUACUUGUUGAUCAGGCAGAUUUGCCAUUCAACUUCUUCAUCUAUUUCAUUCUUCUGAACAGCAAUAAAUGCAUGUACCAGGCGUGACCAAUAAAUAUGGAUGUCUGCACUGAAAAUAUUACAGGAAGGAUAGUGGUACCUUCUCUCAACUGUUCUUACCACUUUCUGAAGCAGUUCUGGCAGCUCUCUUUCAUGUGCCCAGGUGCUCUGUCUCUUGUGUCCUCAGUCAGUUCAGAAUGUUUCCCUCAUGGUCAUUUUGACUUUGGGAAGUUCACAGGGCCAGAGCAGCGAGUAAGGUAGCUGAGAACAUGCUGUGAAGGAGCUGCCUUUGUGUUGAAUGGCAGUUGGUGGCUACAUUCGCUGAUUUUUUUUUUUUUUUUUUUUUUAACCACACUUCAUAAAAACAAAAGGGGACUUCCUAGAACUGCUUUAGAAAGCAAGAGUGAUGGGAUAUGAGUGUUCGAUUUCUGUUUGGUUCUGAUUGCCACCUUCUUCUGACCUGUUUAAUGGCCAUGUUCCUCGGUGUUCCUGUCAUGAUUUGCUCUGUGUUGCAAUCCCUUCCAUGAAGCAGUAGUCAAAUCAAGGGCCAAGUAGAGUAAAAGGGCCAAGCAGGCAAAUCUGGCAAGAGAACAGCAGGCAGUUGGGGAGUUAUGAGUGGUGGAAGAGGCUCACCAUCCUCCAAACCUGCUUCCAGCCCAGUGGGGGGUGCUGUGAAUUUAAGGUCAGAUACGUUUUGGAAUCACUUUGAGUGAGUGGUCAGAAGGACCUCAGGAAGAUGCUGAAAAAGUUUAAUUGUAGAAGUUAAGUGUACCAAGCAAAAUGCCUGGCAAAAACUACUGAUUAAAUCAACUAUCAGUAUUGCUACUGUUACUGUUCAUUCCUCUUGCAGGCUAAUAACAUUUUAGAUGAAGAAAUGGUGAGUCCGCCUCUAGCUUUCCAGCUCCACUGUACCUAGCUAGAAGGCAACCACUCAGUAACCUGAGCCAGGAGAUCAUAGGUAAAGAGCUGCUCACCAAAGGCUGACCUUGACCUCCAGCCCUCUUGACUGUUGUAUAAGACCUGUUACCUCAUGCUCUACUCCAGAACCAGAGUUUACAUCAUACAAGGAAUCUAAGCUACCAUAGCUCCAGGGAGGUAGUGUUGCAAAUGUUCCACUUGCUGGUCUGACCUUUAAAAUGGGAAAGUAUUUGACUUCAGCAAGGGGACAGGGGCUUUUCAAAACUCCUUUGUGUGGCAGCCACCAGUUGUACCUCACAGGAGCACACACCUUGAUCCCAGCUCCUAAUAACCUGAGCAUCCACUCCAACUUCUACUCUAGUAGUAGUUUGGGGGAGAGGCUGGAAACAAGUUGUACCCACUUUGCAUACCAGCAUUGACUCCGGCCCAGAGAGCCUUAAAGUUCUUGUCCAGGACAAAAAGGAAUCUUUUCAAUGUGAAUUUUGAAAGUUUUUUUUUGUUUGGUGGUUUUUGUUUGUUUGUUUUGAGAUUUUUUUUAUUUGCUUGUUUUUUUUGUUUUUUUUUUUUUUUUCUUUCUGAGAUUUGAAUUUUAUGCAUUUGACUUUAAGCCACAUUUCCAUGGCACAUCAUGUUGCAGUGCUGCUAACCUGUGAUGGUGUUUCUACUGUUGAAUGUAGUGUGAUGAGAUGCAAAAACAUCCUGUGACCAGUGACAAAUCCUGGGACCAGAUGUCAAUCUCAGCCUUCUCUACCACUGAAUAAAAUGGCCAAUUUUGAAGUAUACCUGUUCAAGAAAAAUGCUGUUUCCUGUACAUACAUUCCUCUGAGUAAAGGCGUGUAAAUCUUACUCCUACAUUUCAAGUUUUAGUAACUUGGAAGCCAGUAUAGACGUGAGAAGUUCACUCUAAAACUUGAUAUGAAUUGUGCAGUCUCAGCUGGUGUGCUGAGAUUGCUUUAUUCAACUAAUGAAUUUUAAUGUGUAGUUGCUUAAGAAAUAGGUAUUUAGGGAAAGGAAAAAUUUAAGCUGGUGAAAGAGAAUUUCUCAGAUAAUGAGAUUUAUCUUUCAGUUUAGGAAAUUACCCUGUAUCCACUAAAUAGGAGAUACGGAAGAUUUCUUCUGAUGCCUUCUUCAGUUUUACCAUUUUGCUAUUCUAAAUUUUGUUUCUUGUUAGUACAUACUUGCAGCUUAUAAUUAUUACAGUCUGUGGUGGACCACCACGCCGCCCUCCCCCAGGCCUAAGUGUGUUUGUGCUUUGUAGCAAGCAGCACAGGCCAUAUAGAGGUGACUUCCCUAAAUCGUCUUUAGGUUCAAUAGGGAGUCUGGCCGAGGCUGUGUACAUGUCUUCAUGACAGCAAGCAGGUGGCGUUGGCCAGCACUGUUCUUCUCCGGGGGCCACUGAACUGGAAAGGGGCAGGCUUUGAGACUGGGGCUAAGGUACGAGAACAUCUCCGCUGAGGCCUGUGUAAGUCCAGAGGAAAUUCCCGGAAUUGUCCCCCAUGCAGGUUACUCGUCUGUUCCUUUCACCACAAUGCUUUCUUCCCUCUUUUAUAAACUUUGCCUGCCUGGCCACUUGUCUAGCACAUUCAGCCACAGUCCCCUUGCCAUGCCUCAGUGUGAAUAUGAUUGCUACCAAGGUUGUGGGUGGCCUUCUGUGGUGGCCCUGUGAACAAUUGGUCAUCCCAAGUCCCUCUUGCAUUGCCAUUUUGUCCUUUGCACUUUCUUUUCACUGUGUGUCGAAACACCUUGUAAGACAUUGGAGACUCACUGCAGUGUCAUUAAUACAUUCUGUGUGGGGGCUGAAAUAUAUACAUAGCAUUUCAAUAUUUUCAUCCUCUAUCCCUUCCCUCUCUCCUUCCACGUCUUGGGCCCCUUCUGAUUUGCAGGAGCUCUAGCUCCCUAUUUCCUUUUAUCCAUCUUUGGUGUUUAUAUAUAUUGAGUUUCUUAUAUAAGAGGAUUCACACAACUGAUUUAUUUCACAUGGUCUCUAGGUACAUCUAUCUGCACAUGACUCAAGUUUAUCUUGCUUUAUAGCAGAGUCAUACUCUAUUGUGUAUAAAUGCCACACAUUCUGUGUCAUGUAUCUCUUGAGUUAGCUAUUACGAAUUGUGCUGUUAUAAACAUGGAUGUAAUUUUUUAAAUUAUUUUUGGAAGAUACAGAGAAUAGCUGCAUAAAUGGAAUUACCGUAUGCUAUUCCUGGUCUGUUCUAGAACUUGAGAAGACCAAAAAUUAGUUGUUAAGAGAGUUUGAAAUAAAGGAUUGCAUGAGUAGACAAUGAAAAGUGCAGAUUAUGUACUAAGAAUAAACAAUCAUUGAUUUGUAUUUUGUUUGUUGACACCUUUGGCUGGUUUGGAAAGAGUUUGAGGUAUAUAGGAUUUAUCAGUCUUCAUCAAGUAAUUAGAUUAACUAAUGAUAUGCUUUCUUGUGGUUGAUAGAGGUGACCCUGAGUGUUAGGUAAUAAUAAAUGUAGAAUGGAAGGCUGCUUGCCUCUGUGAAGAGAGUCCCUCGGCUUAGAAAGGCUAUUUUCUGCCCUUCAGUUAUGUGCAAAUCAGAUGCUUUCACUCUGCAAAUAAAAAAGUUACAUUUGA